CCACUGCAAAUAUUGGCAAAUAUUCAGUGGGUGCGAAGGGUUAGUGUAGGGGGAAAGAAUUUUUCAGAAGUGCAAAUCCGAAUCGUUUGAUUAUUGCUUCUUGAGAAUUUGGAGGUGCAAAGUGCGUAUUACGAAUCCUUGAAUGAAAGCACAUUUGUCGUAUUAUAGUUAUGCUAUUCAGUUGCUAUUUACCUCGACAAUAAAUAAUACUCCACAAACAUCAAACAGUCGAUGAAAGCAUGAUAUUAGGAUUUCAUUGAAGUUAUUCCUAAAUAAUAGCACGCCAUUUGGUACAUCAGUGCAAGUGUGCCUAAUCUACGUACAUCUUCCAUAAAUAUUAAUGUUCAUUAAUAAGUGACGGCAAAUUUGCAAGCCCUUGUCACAAUGUCAGGUAGUGAAGGUGAACAAAAUAACCGAAUGUCCGCGGAGGAUAUUGAAGCGGAGGAAAUGGCUCAGGAACUCAUGAAUAUGGAAAUGUACGAAGAGGGAAUGGAAUAUGAACAAAUGAAACAAAUACUUCGUGUCAUUACCGAGUCCAGGGAUAUGGCUGGGAUCGAACCUGAGAACCACUCUGUGCAAGAGGUGGUGCGAUACUCCCCUGAAAUGAUAGCACCCAUUGUAAGUUCGAAGAACAAUUCCUCGACAAAUCUGAUUUCAGGAGAGAUCACUUAUCCCAAGGCAAGUUUUUCAUAUCGAUCACAGGAAUUGCGAGUAUCGCCAAAGGCUUCAAAUCGUCGUUCAUCUCUUGAUUUGACACCCCCUGAAGAGAUCUUGCUAUCAUCACCAGAAAUGUUUACAGAUAGAGAGCCUGUACAACCUGUUACAGCAAAUGAUUCAUUAUUUCGUAAAUCGCUACGAGAGAAUGAAGCCACCGAUGACACGGAUGAUAACGAAUCAGAAGAAACAGUCACAAAUACUCGGCACAUAAUCUCCAAUAGCUUCCAAACCUCACAAUACAUGGAGGCAGAUGUCGAUGUGAGGUCUAGGAAAAACCAAAGAGUUGAAAGGUGGAAGCUGGAUCCAACAGAUGCCGUUAUUGAUGAAAAUGAUAUACCUUUACUGCAGAAGAGUCGACCUAUACUACACGAACGUGUACCGUACAGUUUUUGUCAUCAUAGGAGAGUUUUGGAAGCGAGCGAAAAAGUACUGACUGUUCUGAGUCAUCAUCUGGAUGAAGUUGCUGAGAUCUGGAGAGGAAAGCAUAGGCCAGAUGUUUCAGAGUUUCAAUGGGGGUCACCCAUUAAGGUGGGUGCCAAUAACGGUAGCUUGGAUAAGAAACCUCUGCUAGAAGACGCCGAUUUCCACCAGGAUUCUGAAAACAUAAGAAGAAACCAGAAUCGAAAUUGCAAGCGAAAGGCGACUGAGCGCCUCAAAACUAUAAGACAAGAUUACUUUGAAAGUGAUGAGGACAGUGAUCCUAUUUUCGAAAAGACUAAGAAGAGUAAAUGGUCAGAAUCACCUCGGAUAACGACUAGACAAAACACAAAUACUACGGAAUCACAUCAAACGCGUCAAGACAAAAUUUUGAAUAAUUUGAGCUCUGGUACAGAAGAAAAAUUUGCUUUGUUUGGAGACGUGGAUAGUGAUGAGAUUGAUAAUGAUGACCUUGCAACGUUACGCAAAAAGAAUAAGAAAAAAGAUACACGAACAGAUCAGACACACUCACCACAAUCGUCAGAGAUCUAUCCCAGAAGAAUUGUACCACCUAAUCCCAACAAGCGCAAGCCAAUACUCCGUCAACGAAAAAAUAAAGAUAAAGACAACAAGAAAUCAUCACCCAGGAGAGCCACGCAGGCCAUGUUAGACGACUUUACAGCAAAGAACAAAUUCGUUAAUCUACUAUCGAAACAUGCCAAAAGCCAAACAACUGUUGUACUCGAAGACGAUGAACUGAUUGAUGAAGAAGUUGAAAUUGAAGAACAAGAUGUAGAGAUCAAACCCUUUGCACUUGGGGGCUUGGCCAGUAAACUUCAUCAAGGUAGCUCGAUAUUGCUGCAAAGCAAAAAAGCCGAACAAAUUGCAGAGAAAGCUAAAUCACAACAGCAGGCCAAAUUACAAGAAACAGAAAAACAGCUGAGACAAGAAUUAGUGAUGACUAGAUUGCGCAUGGAAGAAAAAGAACGCAAUCAAAAAAAUUUACGGGAAAGCGAGAUCAAAGCUAAUGAAGAAAAAUGGAAAUUAAACGAAGCUUCUCGAAAUAGAGCGCGUAGUCAGCGGCAACUACAACAGAGAAGAAACCUUAAAGAAAAAAGUGGCGCAGAACUGUUGGUUGUGGAAAGUGACAAAGAUGAUGGCGUUGACGAAAUCAAUAGAGACCCGACUUUGUCGAAAAUGAUAGUGCUGUGUCCAAUUUGUCACAUAGGAUUUCCAAAAGAGGACGUACAAGCACAUGCUGCGGAAUGUGGUGAAUCCGAUGAUCUGAAGGAGGCUACUGGACCCAAUGGCUCCUCUUCCAUUGAUGAUGAUAAUGAUGUAGUUAUCACAGAAGAUUGUGCUGAGUUGACCUGUUACAGUUGUUGCAUGUUUAAAACACGAAAUGGAAUCGCAUAUGAGGAUCACAUUUAUCAUUGUCUGUCCCGUAAGAGAAAUGAGAUGAAUAGCCCAUCUGAAAUAGAUCCACCCGGCGUGGUCUUAAUCGAGGUCCCGUCAUCGCCAAUAAGAUGCUUUGAGGCAAUCAGUGAACAGUCUGAAUCCACAAUAAACUAUGCGGAACAAUUUCAGUAUACCAUGAUUACUCAACUAUGGUCAACAACACAUGAUAAGAGCAGUAUAAGUAGUUAUCUGCAAUCUUUGAUCUCAGGUCAAAUAAAGGUCAAACAUAUUGUAGUGUAUGACAAAUUUCUUGAAACGCAAUCUGUAAAAUUCGAAGAUUUGAGCAACAAAAUGAUGAAAUUCAUUAAGAUUGUAAUUUUGCUUACAUUUUCUUAUAUCCACGACGGAGUACCCAUCAAAUUAAAUGGCCGUUGGAAUGGCCACAUUUUUUCUUCGAAUAGCAUGAUCCAUAGGCAAAACAAACUUCCUGGAUUGGAAUGUGUGGCACCACCGUGUUACUUCGAUGCUCAUGUACCAGGAGGUAUCUAUACAGACUUGUUUGGUACCGAAAAUGUUUUUCGAAGUGAUAACGAUGUCAGGUACCGUUGGGUUGGAAACCAAUCCGUUGCUUUCAGUACCUAUUUCCAAGUUGAUGCAUCAUUUAUGGAAGCUACAAAUGUAAUUCUGACGUUCCAUGGGGUGGAUACCUUUGCAAUAAUUUAUGUGAAUGACCAAUUCGUUGGCAACACGUCAAGUAUGUUCCUGAGAUAUCACUACAAUGUUAAAGAAUAUUUACAGCUUGGACACAACGAGAUCAAAGUUAUGGUACUAUCUCCGAUACAAAGAGCCAACGCGCUCUUUGAAGAACAAACCCUAAAUUAUCUGGUGCCACCUAAAUGUCCUCCUGAGGUAUAUAAUGGAGAAUGUCACGUGAACCAUAUUAGAAAGAUGCAGGCCAGCUUUGCCUGGGAUUGGGGUCCAGCUUUUCCAUCGAUGGGAAUUUGGAAAGAUGUUGAACUGGAAACAAUUAGUGAGGUGUUGGUAACAGAUGUGACGGUAGAUCUCUACAAGAAGCACAAUACUUGGGAAAUUAUAAUUAAAGUAUUUCUCGUCACUGUGACUGAUCAAAAAAAUGAAGCUCUUGUUUGUAACGUAUUUGCUGAAAUGAAAAUCAACAGCAACACUCGUUUUAUCAACUCUACUAUUUUGGAGAUAAGAGAAAAAAGUGCAACUGCAGCUGUUGUACUGCUCCUUCCAGAAAGUGAUAUCGAAAGAUGGUGGCCAAAUGGUUAUGGAAAGCAGAAACUUUAUGCUUUAUCCGUAAAAACAACAGUAUCUAAUAAGAUAAACCAUCGGCAGUUUAAGAUAGGCUUCCGAACAGUGGAGCUUGUUCAGGAACCCUUGGCAAAUGGCUUGAGUUUUUAUUUCAAGAUUAACAACGUGCCAAUAUUUGCAAAGGGGAGUAAUUGGAUUCCAUCAAGCGUGCUCCCUGAAUUAUCGAGUAAAGAAGAAACUAUCAGGCACCUGCUGAAAUCUGCCAGAGAUGUACACAUGAACAUGUUACGAGUUUGGGGAGGUGGUUACUAUGAAUCUGAUUUAUUUUACCAAAUAGCCGAUGAAUACGGAAUAAUGAUUUGGCAGGACUUCAUGUUUGCAUGUGCUAUGUAUCCAUCUACUGAGAUUUUUUUGGAAUCAGUUAGAGAAGAAGUAAAACAAAACGUUCGAAGAUUGCAGCAUCAUCCAAGCAUAGUUGUGUGGGCUGGUAAUAAUGAAAAUGAAGUAGCCCUUUAUGGAAAUUGGUAUGGAACUGGUGAAAAAGAAGUCUAUAAACAAGACUACAUCAAACUCUACGUCAAUGUCAUCAAAACAGAAGUAGAGAAGAUAGACCCUACACGACCAUUUUUGGUUUCCAGCCCUAGCGACGGGCUGUAUACAGAAGAACAUAAUUAUUUUGGUCCAGACCCCUAUUCCAACUUAUACGGAGAUGUGCACUACUACAACUACAUCGCUAAUGGUUGGGACAUAAACCAAUACCCACGCACUCGUUUUGCUUCAGAGUACGGGGUACAGUCAAUUCCUUCUAUCUAUACUCUGGUUCUAGCUGUAUCCUCUUUGGAUGAUCUGAGAAUAGAUAGUGAAUUUAUGAAACACCGUCAACAUUUACCCGGUGGAUAUGAAUCAAUGGAAUCCAUGGUAUCUAAAAAUCUCAUUAUUCCUGAACAGAACAAUACGGAAGAUCUAUUCAAGUACAUUUAUUUGACUCAAGUUAAUCAAGCAGUCUCGAUAAAAAUCCAAACCGAGUCAUACCGACAAACAAAAAGCUCUCUUAAUGCUAGGGGGGAAGGAAUGACUAUGGGUGCUUUGUAUUGGCAGCUUAAUGAUGUUUGGCACGCUCCCUCUUGGUCGUCAAUAGAUUUCUCGGGCCGCUGGAAAAUGCUUCAUUAUUACGCUAUGGAAUUUUUCGCACCCGUGAUUAUUACACCUCAUGUCUCCCCUGCCGAUGAACUUGAGCUGUAUAUUGUUUCAGAUGAAUUAACUGCGAUUACGGAUUGUAUUGUGGUAGUCUAUGUUUAUAGAUGGAAUUCUCUUACACCCAUUCAUAUGCAGAAUUUUACUGGCAUCACGAUCCCACCCAAUACCGCAAAUAUGGUACUGUCUGUUUGGCUGGACGAUUACCUUGAACAAGCUGGAUGUGGUAUUCUGGCUUCCAUAAAAAAAAACUGCAUCAUAGAGCUUGCUUUAAUGAAUAAAACUAAGCAGCUCAUUGCACCAUACAACUAUAUUUAUCCAAUGCCAUUGAAAGAUGUUACUUUGCCAUCCGCUAAUGUCAGCUUUAAAGUCAACCCAAAUCCAGUCAAAGGAACAAUUCCGAACACUGAAGACUACACUAUCGAACUGAGAUCGAACAAAAUUGCGCUAUUUGUUUGGUUGGAAAUAGAAGACUCAAGGCGUGGAAGAUUCUCAGAGAACGGCUUCCACAUGUUUCAUGGAAUAAAAAAGAUUGUGUAUCAUUCGGAGAAUUCCACAUCAGCUGAAAACCUCAGUCAAACCAUCCGUCUGAUUACAUUGUCCGAUAUUCAUAAUCCACAUAACAAAUUCCGACUGUAACCGCUUUGAAGAUAUAUCAAAGCUGCGUAAUUGACGGGUCAUGUUUCAUUCAUUGGAAUCUGAUGGACAAUUAAAUUCUGUACUUGUCGCGAUGAAUGUAGAUUUUAAUACUAUUUAAUACUACAAAUAUGCAUACUAUUCAAAUUCGAUUGCUAUCAAUUUCAAGUUGGUUCCACCAUGGACGAGUUUCUAGCUAUCCCGGAUAUCAUUGAUAUUAUUAGAAUGGUAGAUUUAAAAUUUUUAUUCAAUGUCCUACUGCAUACGCGAAAUUUUGUGCAUAUAGCAUAUAGUGUACACAAAUAAUGUAAACACUUAUUUUUCUUAACACAGGUAACUUCAGUAAACGAACAAGCAUAGUAAAAUAAAUAUCUACAUACACA